UUCGCGGCGUUUGACAGAGCCGCCUCUCGGCGCCGGAGCCAUGGAGCUGCGCGCGGAGCUCCUCAAAUCCAUCUGGUACGCGUUCACCGCCCUGGACGUGGAGAAGAGCGGCAAGGUGUCCAAGUCGCAGCUCAAAGUGCUGUCCCACAACCUGUACACGGUGCUGCGCAUCCCCCACGACCCCGUGGCGCUGGAGGAGCAUUUUCGGGAUGACGACGAUGGGCCCGUGUCCAGCCAGGGCUACAUGCCCUAUCUCAACAAGUACAUCCUGGAUAAGGUGGAGGAAGGGGCUUUCGUCAAAGAAACCUUUGACGAGCUCUGCUGGACCCUGACGGCCAAGAAGAAUUACAAACCCGACCGCAAUGGGAACAGCGUCGUUUUUUUCAAGCUCUGGUGUCUCUUCAGCUUCCUUUCUGAAGACAAAUACCCCCUGGUCAUGGUGCCGGAUGAGGUGGAGUAUCUGCUGAAGAAGAUCUGCACGGCCAUGAACGUGGAGCUGCACUCGUGCGAGCUGGACGAGUGCCUCGCGCAGGAGCCGCCGGGCCCGGGCGGCCUCACGGUCUGGCAGUUCCUGGACGUGGUGAACUCGGGGCGCGUCCUGCGGGGCCUCGAGCGGGAGGCCGUCAGCAUGGCCGUGGAGGAGGUCUACCAGGAGAUCAUCGAGGACGUGCUCAAGCAGGGCUACCUGUGGAAGAAGGGCCAGCUGAGGAGGACCUGGUCAGAGCGGUGGUUCACGCUGAAGCCCAGCGCCCUGUCCUACUACAUGAGCGAGGAGCGGAAGGAGAAGAAGGGCAGCAUCCCCCUGGACAAGCACUGCUGCGUGGAGGUGCUGCCGGACCGGGACGGGAAGAGGUGCAUGUUCUGCGUGAAGACCUCGUCCCGCACGUACGAGAUGAGCGCCUCUGACACGCGCCAGCGCCAGGAGUGGACGCUAGCCAUCCAGACGGCCAUCCGGCUGCAGGCCGAGGGCAAGAAGUCCCUGCACAAGGACCUGAAGCAGAAGCGCCGGGAGCAGCGGGAGCAGCGGGAGCAGCGCAAGGCGGCCAAGGAGGAGGAGACGCAGCGGCUCAAGCAGCUCCAGGAGGAGAAGGAGCGGAAGCUGCAGGAGCUGGAGCUGCUCAAAGAGCUGCUAGCUGAGGAAGAGGAGAAGCUGAAGCAGCUGAUGAAGCUGAAGGAGGAGCAGGAGGAAUACAUCAUCAAAACCCAAAUGGAGAAGCAAGUCCUCAAGCAGGAGAUGGAGAACAAGAACAAGUGCCUGGAGGAGGCCCAGAAGCAGCUGGAAGAAGUGAGAGUGAACAGGCAGCGGGUGGACCAGGACGUCAUGGCGGCCCAGCACAAGCUGCGACAAGCGAGCACCAACGUGAAGCACUGGAACGUGCAGAUGAACCGGCUGAUGCACCCCAUUGAGCCGGGAGACAAGCGUGUGAACGCGAGCGGCGGCGGCUUCGCUGGCUACCAACCGCUGCUGUCGCGCAGAGAUUCCUCCCUCAGACUCAAGCAGAAAGCGGAGGACAAAGGCAGCGCCGCGGGGGACGAGGGCAGCGAGCCCGGGAGCGGCGGCGCGGCGCAGCCCGACAACUAG